CCUCCUCCUCCUCCGUGUGCAGCGCGUGUCCUUCGCCCCUGCUCAAUGCGCGCGCACGGACUGAGCACGCUCAGUUAGCGAUUCACGAGCGAGCCGGUCUACCGUUUAACCCGGAGAGGGGUGGCGAGACCCUUACUUUUGGCUCCGCGCUCCUGCGCGCGCACGGGACAUCCAGAACACACCGGUGCGCGAGCGAGCUGCUGAGAAGGAGGAGCAGGAGGAGGUGGAGAUGGAGCCUGGAAAGUCGUGGAUCCAGACCACCUUUUACAAGAGGGAAUGUGUGAAGUUUUUGCCAGCAUCACGAGAUCAUCACAGGUGUUCUCCGGUUUGCCAUGUCUGUCAAAACUUAGUCAGGUGCUGCUGUGGGAGGCUGAUAGGAGAGCAUGUGUACCUGGACUCCGCCUCCCCGGUGCUGUCCUCCUCCUCCUCCUCCUCGUCCGGUCAGGAGGUAUGGUCCGUGGCUCGGCACACCAAACUCAGCCCAACCGACGCCUUUGGGUCCAUCGACUUCCAGGGCAGCACCAAGCGGUACUGUCGCGCCAAGUUUGUGCGCCUUUCCUGUGACUCUAAGCCAGAGCAGCUGCUGUGUUUGAUGCUGAGAGAGUGGAACAUGGUUCAGCCCAAGCUGGUUAUAUCCGUGCAUGGAGGGACCGAGAACUUCCCCCUGCACCCGAGAGUGGGCCAGGCCUUCAGCAAGGGUCUCAUCAGAGCUGCCGAGACUUCAGGCGCCUGGAUCUUAACAGAUGGCUUCAAUACAGGAGUAUCUAUGUAUGUUGGAGAUGCUGUGAAAGUCUAUGGUACUCACGAGCGGAGGAAGAGGAACAUCAUUGGAAUCACACCAUGGGGGCUGAUUGAGAACCACAGUGACCUCAUAGGACGAGAUGUCCUGAGACACUACCAGACUCUGGGGAAUCCUCUGAGUAAACGCUCCAGCCUCAACGGCCUGCACUCCCACUUCCUCCUGGUGGACGACGGGACUCUGGGUAAAUCUGGAGGCCAGCUCGACCUGAGGAAGAAACUGGAGAGACACGUCCACAGGCAGAGGAUCCACCCCAGACUGGCUCAGAGAGUUCCUGUGGUGUGUGUGGUGGUGGAGGGGGGUCCGCCUGUGCUCGCUACAGUGCUGGAGUACGUGAGCAGGACUCCGCCCGUCCCUGUGAUUGUGUUCGAGGGCACCGGCCGGGCUGCAGACCUCCUGGCUCUGAUACACAAACAGACUGCUGUGGACAGGAAGCUGGAUGUAAAUAUUAAGGAGGAUUUCCUGUUGCGGAUUCAGGCCAUGUUCAGCGUUGUGAGGCCAGAGGCGUGUCGACUGUUCAGCAUGCUCGUGGACUGCAUGGAGCACCGGGGGGCGAUCACCGUUUUUGACUCAGAAUCAGAGGAUCACCUGGAAGCUGAUGUGGCCAUUUUAAAAGCUUCACUAAAAGGGACUCCAGCAGAGCAGCUGAGUGUGACGUUAGCCUGGGACAGGGCCGAUAUUGCUCAGGAACACAUAUUGGUAUAUGGACAACACUGGAAGGUAGGAGCUCUGGAGCAGGCCAUGCUGAACGCUCUGCUGAUGGACCGGGUCAGCUUCGUCAAACUGCUGAUAGACAACGGCAUGACCCUCAAACACUUCCUCACCGUCUCCCGUCUGGAGGAGCUCUACAACUCACCGCCAGGCUCCUCGGACCAUUUCUUGCAUCAUAUAGUUGAGGAUGCCAAAAAGUGUCGUCUUCCUGUGGGGUAUAAAAUCUCUCUGAUCGACAUCGGCAUAGUGAUUGAAUACUUAAUUGGAGGAGCGUAUCGAAGCACAUACAGGCGCAAGAGCUUCAGAGUGGUGUACAACCGGAUUCAUACAGCACUAAAGGAAGGUCGUCGGGAGAGAUCGGGCUCUUUGACCAGACCUAAAAGGACGAAUGACAUCCCAGCGGCGGUGACUCCACCUCGCUCCCACUUCUUCAGGACUGCAGAGCCUUACAGACGCAAGGAGAGACCGUCCGUGUCUAAUGAACUGGAGCUGGAGGCGACGGCGGAGCUGGGCGACGCCUCCCUGUUUGUGUACAGCAUUAAUGACCUGUUUGUGUGGGCGGUGCUGAAGCGGCGCCAGCAGAUGGCACUGUUCCUGUGGCAUCACGGCGAGCAGGCCAUGGCCAGGGCUGUAGUGGCCUGCAGGCUGUAUCGCGCGAUGGCUACCGAAGCUAAAGAGAGUGACAUGGGUGACAGCACUGCUGAGGAGCUGAAGAAAUAUUCCUUAGAGUUUGGUCAGCUGGCUGUGGAUCUUCUGGACAAGGCCUUUAAGGAGAACCAGUGCUUGGCCAUGAAGCUGCUGACCUCAGAGAUGAAGGACUGGAGUAGCUUCACAUGUCUGCAGAUGGCCGUGGCUUCGGGCCUCAGACCUUUUCUGGCCCAUUCCUGCACCCAGAUGCUCCUAAAUGACCUGUGGAUGGGCCGCCUCAACAUGAGGAAGAACUCCUGGCUGAAGACUACUGAAAUCAUUGUGUGCAUCCUGCUGCCCAUGGCCAUCCACCUGCUGGAGUUUAAGAGUCAGGCCGAGAUGUCCCACGUGCCUCAGAUGCAGGAGGCUCUGCAGUUUGGGCGGGAGGCAGAGAGCCCAGGAGCUCCAGAGACUGUAGAAACUGGAGAAACAACACAAGCAGAUCCGAGUGAUGCAGAAGCAGGAAGGAGCGGCAGGAACCGGAAGUUGACUCGCAGCGCGAGGUGGAUACCGUGGGCCAGGAAGGUGUACGACUUCUACAACGCUCCUGUAGUUAAAUUCUGGUUCCACACUAUGUCCUACCUGGCGUUUCUCAUGCUCUUCGCCUACACGGUGUUGGUGAGGAUGGAGAAGAGGCCCAGUGCUCCAGAGUGGCUCGUCAUUUCAUACAUCUUAUCUACAGCUUUGGAGAAAGCUAGAGAGGUACUGAUGUCUGAGCCUAGAAAGUUCAGGAAAAAGCUGAAAGUGUGGUUCAGCGAGUACUGGAACAUGCACGACUUCAUCGCCAUCAUCCUCUUCUUUACUGGUUUUGCCCUGCGCUGGCAAUCUGGUCUGGUCCAUACAGCCGGACGCCUCAUCUACUGCCUGAACAUCAUCUUCUGGUUUGUCCGUCUUCUGGACCUGCUGGCCAUUAACCAGAAAGCUGGACCCUACCUGACCAUGAUCACCAAAAUGAUGAGCAACAUGUUCUACAUAGUGGUGAUAAUGGGCAUUGUGCUGGUGAGUUUUGGCACUCCCCGGGGCUCGGUCCUGAAGCCCUAUGAGGAACCGUCCUGGGACCUGUUGAAGGAAGUGCUCUUCCAGCCCUACUUCAUGAUGUUCGGAGAAGUCUACGCUGGUGAAAUUAAUCCCUGUGAGGAGAACCCAGACUGUCCUCCUGGUUCGUUUCUGAAUCCACUUCUUCAGGCUGUCUACCUGUUCAUGCAGUACAUCAUCAUGGUCAAUCUCCUCAUCGCCUUCUAUAACAACGUCUACAUCCACAUGAAGACCAUGUCCAACCAGCUGUGGAAGUACAACCGCUACCGAUACAUCAUGACCUAUCAGAAGAAGCCGUGGCUGCCUCCACCUUUGAUCAUUUUCAGUCACAUGACCCUGUGUGUGAGCACAGCAUGGCAAAAGCAUAAAGGGGCAUGUUUACAUGGGAGGGACUCCGGCCUUAAGUUGUUCCUGGCUCCUGAUGAUCUGAAGAAGCUGCAUGAGUUUGAGGAGAAGUGUGUGAUUGGCUAUUUCCGAGACAAACACGAGAGUCAAGACAACAGCCAGCUCAACCGCAUCCGCUCUGCUGCUGACAAAGCCAAGGAGAUGAUGGGCACUUUGGAAGAGGUGGCAGAGAAGGUCCAGUUCAUCCAGGAAAGCCUCCAGAUGCUGGACGGUCACCUGGGUCAACUCCAGGAGCUCUCGGCACAAGCCGUGGACACCCUCAACCUCCUCUCGGCUACCGACAACAGGCAGCAGGAGGCCGUCCUGCUCGGCCACAGCCAGCCAAUCGCCAGCCCUUACCAGAAGCUGUCGCACAGCUGGAGCCUGCGGGUCGGUGGCACCGUCACCCCCAGCCAUGCCCCUUUGUCUCCGAAGCCCUACCGUAGCACCCCGCCCUCCCUGCUGCGCGGGAUGGCGGGGCCAGGGAAGAAGCAUCCGUCUCUGGAUUUGCCGGCGGUGGGCAGUGUAGGGCUGUGGGACAGCAGACCCAGGUGGGUGUUGGGGAACGGUGGAGGUUCAGGCAGAGCCUCGCCUGCAGGCUACCGACACUCACACGGCUCACUCCCUCACCUCUGGGGGGCGCCGUGGAGGGACAGGAUGCCCUACGACUCGCCGUCCAUUCCCAGCUCACCCACUGUGCUCUGGGCUCCCGAGUCCUUCCGCCUCCCCAGUCAGGGCGAGUCCAUGGAGGAAGAGGAAGAGGAAGAAGAGGACGAGGAGGAAAUCAUCGAUGACGACGAUGAGGAACGAUGCUUCUCCCGCGCUUCCAGCCACGUCAUGCUCUUAUCCGACCCUCAGAGCAACAGGGGCCGGCAGCUGGGGAUCGUGAACCCCGCGUUCUCUGGUGACAGUGAAUUAGCCAGGCCCAGGCGAAGCCGAUUUAGCAGGAAGUGGCCGUAUUCCGCCACACAGAGAGACCUGGAGCACAGCCGCUCGCUCUCAGCCAGCGUCGAGACCAUGGCCAUGCCCACAGCAGGAGUCAGCACCACGAGAGAAGACACGCCCCCAUCUGAAGGACAGAAGGAAGAAGGACGGCCCACGACAUUAGGAAGAAAGCACUCGCUUGGAAGAAAGUGUGUCAAAAUCAAGGAAGGGGAAGCAAAGAACGUUAAAAAGUGUGUGCACAUGCAGGACUCCUUCCGGAAGAGCACGCGGAAAGGGAAGGGGAAGGGGAAGGGGAAGGGGAAGGGGAAGGGGAAGGGCCUGGCUGGACGCAGGUUUCAGUCGUCCAUCAGUCUGACGCAGCUGAAUUUAGAUCAAGUGGAUUUCUUACCAAAGUCUAUCGCACUGAGUCAGAAUCCACGUAGCCCCACCCAUUCAGUUUGGAGCAGCUGGGCUCGAUCUGUCAGCGGCAGGUCCUCGGCACAAAGUUGGGUAACGAGUGAUUUGAGAGGUGCCAUGUUUAAAUCCACUGAAGACUUGGACCCGCACUACUCAGCGAUGGAGAGAAACAACCUGAUGAGAUUAGCUCACACAAUCCCAUUCACACCAGUCUCUCUACUGGGAGGAGAGGAGGUGUGUAUCUACACCCUGGAGGAGACAGACGGAGAGUCCACCCUGUCCAGCACCUCCUCCUGGUCUCAGAGAGGACGCACGGCCGUGCUGCAGCCAGUCGCCCACCAGGAGGCGCUGGACGGGGGUCUGCGCAGGGCCCUCAGGGUGGUGUGUACCUGGGCUGAGGGAGACGUCCUCAAACCAGGCCUGGUUUACGUGGUGAAGGCCUUCCGGGCGGAGGUGGUCCGCACCUGGCAGAGGGAGUUUCCCAGCAGCACCUCCCUCCACCUGUGCUUAAGGGAAAUACAGCAGCAGAGAGCCGCCCAGAAACUCAUGAACGUUUUCAACGAGGUCAAACCCAGCAGUGUUCUUCACUCCCUCAGAUUUUUGGAUGUGGCUCUGCUGUGGUGGCCGAGUGAAGGCCAGUGGCUCACCAUUGAGAAGAACAUGACUGGAGAGUUUAUGAAGUACAACAAUAACACUGGAGAAGAAAUCCUGCCCUCUUGUGGCCUGGAAAAGACAGUGCUGGCUUUCUCCCACUGGACGUACGAGUACACGCAGAAAGAGCUGUUGGUCCUCGAUCUACAAGGUGUGGGAGCUGAGCUGACAGACCCCUCUGUGAUCAGAGCAGAUGAUAAAAGCUCAUCUGAAGACUUGGUGUUUGGUCCAGCUAAUCUAGGAGACGAUGCAAUCCAGAGAUUUGUCCUCAAACACACGUGUAACUCAUGCUGCAGGAGGCUCCGCCUUUCAAAUUUGCGAGAAGUCGCAGAGGCGGUGGAUCUUCAGAGAUCUGAUUCAGAAGACUCGGAUGAGAUCACCAGCGUUUGACCUCUGAACUUUUCCUCUCCAUCCUGAAGCAUCCCGAAUCCUGAAGACCCUGAAUGUGUGACUCUGAAUGUCGACGGACCAAAAGCCAUAUUAUUAACCCUUUCAGACCUGACUUAAGUUCUAGUAAAUAUAAAAAUGUAUACAAAUGCUAUGUCCUGCCUGUAAUGCACUCAAAAAUAGAUUUCCAGUAACUUAACUUAUAUAGCUUUUUAAUCUACACACAUUUUAAUAUAUACAGUUCUGAAAAAAAGAGACCACUAAAAAUGAUGAUUUUUUUUUUUAUUUUACCAAAUUGAAAACCUCUGGAAUAUAAUCAAGAGGAAGAUGGAUGAUCACAAACCAUCAAACCACCAAACAGCAUAAAGUUAUCCAAAACCAGUGUGUAAGACUGGUGGAGGAGAACAUGAUGCCAAGAUGCAUGAAAAAAACUGUGAUUAAAAACCACC